AUGAAUAUGCAGUAUCCGACCAAUAUGAUCCGGCGGCGCGCUUUAUACGAUUUCCAUGAUACCGGCUCUCCGUGGAAUGAAGAUACCACACUUUCCCUCCCCGCGGAGGAUCAUAUCCGAGCAUACUACAUAGCUUCUGUGGCUCUGAAUAUCCUGACCUUGUUGGCUCUCCUGGGGUUUUUGGUCUGGGGCUGUCUUAUUCGACAAGUCAGGAGAGGCUCGGUCUCGCUGCCGUUAAUGGCAUUGCAAUUCUCCAUCGGCAGUUUUAUCAUAUACGAAUUUCUAACCGCCCUGUUCCUGUUAUUUACGAUCAUUGGAGUCACAGUAAAGCAAAGCUUCGUCAUUAUGUUCAUGAUCGGGCAUGUCUUCUAUGCAACCGGGCUGGUCUUGUUAUUCUACAUCUUCUACGAACUUAUCCAAAGAUACCUUGAACGCAUCGCGGCUGGGGGCAAGACGUUCGUGCCUGUCGCCAUUGUCCAUUGGACUAUCGUGAGCUUGCUUGGGAUUCUGUCGGUUGUAGAGUGUGUAGCCUACAUCGUCCGCUUGGUCGAGAGCAUCGACUCCAAGAGCUAUUCUCUGCUAGCCCGGAACUGGACCAAGCUUUACGGAACCCAGAAUGUUAUCUGCUGGCUGAUGGCCCUGGAGAUUCUGAUCUGGGUGUGUUUCGUGACCGCAAAAUCUGGCGCCCACCGCUUCAGCGCAAGGACCGGAGCAAUCUUCCUCACGGCCGGGGCUAUCUUCUUCUUCAUCCUGAAUUUCAGCUCGGCGGUGGUCGCCAUCCGAUACUAUCUCGAGGAGAAAUACGUGGCGCCGAUCUACAUGAAUGUGGUCAACAGCACCAUCGCCUUCGUCUCUGUCGUGUGUGCCUACACGGGAAUCCUGUCUUGCUGCACGCAGUGUCAGAAGAUUGGCGCCGAAUAUCUAUCCUCAUCACAGCAGUACGCACGGCCUCUUGUCCCUUAUCACCUCCAGCAAUAUGACGAUCGGGAUGAUUCGGCGGACGACUAG